UUAUGCAUGACUCCUUCCCGGAAACUCGAGCUGAGGGAGGAAGCUCGUGUCAGCUUCCGUCACGGUUGGGAAAACUACAUGAUGCGGGCGUUUCCUCAAGAUGAGGUUGGUUCGCCCUUUGCCCCCCUUUCCACCCGUGCACCUCUUUGGUCCAUCGUUCUGGGCGAGCUAACUAACUAUAUAGAUUUCAGAUCAAGCCUUUAUCAUGCGCUCCUCAUUACCGCGACCGGGAUAAUCCGAACAACAUUGGCCGAAACGAUGCAAUGGGGGAGUUUUCCCUCACCGCUAUCGACACGCUUAGCUCCCUCGCCCUGAUGGCGGAUAGUAGCGAUCUUGAUGCGGAGAGGUUUUGGGAAACGGUUGGGGAGGUGGUGAGGAUUUAUUGGUUUGUUGAUUGGUUGGCUUGCGUAACUAAGCUGAUGGAUUCGAAAGGUACAAUGAGCCGAAGGAGUGCGACGCAGUUACCGAGAAUUGUGGUGAGAAGACGAGCUCUUGGGGGAGAUUUCAUAAUAGGAGUCGGGAGUCUCGGGGGUUUGAUAUUGAUGCCAAGGUUCAGGUAUGUCGUCUCGAAUCAGGGCUCAGGCACCUGUCCUAAUGUUAUAUAGGUGUUUGAAACAACGAUUAGGACGUUGGGAGGACUAUUGUCUGCUCACCUUUUUGCUACCCGCUCAUUGGCUUCACUACCCGCCGGUGUACAGCCAAAGUACGAGUAUAGAGAUGAACUAUUAGAUCUAGCCUACGAUUUAGGCCUUCGGUUACUUCCCGCCCUCACGGAAUCUCCCACCGGCCUCCCUUACCCUCGGAUCAACCUUCGGUACGGUCUCCCGCACAAGAUAAAGAACCCAGCCUACUACAGGUUUCCCCGGCGCGCCCCACACCCACACCCUGACCCUCGGCCAUGGGCGCCUGCAGGGGAACAUCAGAGCGAGAAGCAAUGGGGCAAUCCCACAAAGCCCGGGAGUGUGAAGGAAAUAGCUUCGGAGGAGAUAACCGAGACCUGCACUGCUGGCGCCGGUUCGUUGGUGCUGGAAUUUACAACCCUAUCCCGGCUAACCGGAGAUCUCCGGUUCCAGGAAGCGGCAAAGAGGGCAUUCGAGGCGGUUUGGGACCGGCGAAGCGACUUGGGAUUGUUUGGCGGCGGAGUCGACGCUGAAAGCGGACUCUGGAAUGGGCCCGUCGGGGGUGUAGGUGCUGGAAUGGACAGCUUUUUCGAAUAUGCAUUCAAAGCUUUUGUCUUAUUCGCUGGAGACGAAUUCGGCGAGGAUUCGUGGUUUUGGAAAGUCUGGGAGAAAAGCAGUGAGGCUGUCAGGACGCACAUGAGAAUGGAAAUCCCGACUAUGUGGUGGAGUAAUGUCCACUUCGGCACCGGCGCUCCCGUGCAGGGUGCGUCAUCGUGGACGGAUUCACUCAGUGCAUUUUGGCCGGGAUUGUUGGCUGCUAGUGGAGAGGUCGAGGAAGCUACCAGAGGAAAUCUGUUUUACUCUGCGUUGUGGAGCAGGUUCUCGGCAUUGCCGGAGAGAUGGAAUUUUAGGACCGGGUCCGUAGAGGGGGGGUUGGGUUGGUAUCCGGGGCGACCGGAGUUUGCUGAGAGUACCUACAUGUUGUAUCGGGCUACUAAAGACCCUUGGUACUUGUAUGUUGGAGAAAUGAUCAUUAGGGAUCUUAAAAGGAGGUGCUGGGGAAAAUGCGGAUGGGCGGGACUGCAGGAUGUCAAGACGGGUGAAAGACAAGACAGGAUGGAGAGCUUUUGGCUUGGGGAGACAUGGACCUAUUUAUUCCUGUUAUUUGAUGAAGGUCUGUCUGGCUCUUUCUCUCUCUAAUACCCGCGUCCUAACAAUCCAGACCAUCCUCUUCACAAGGGAGACGAUCCAUGGGUAUUCACGACGGAGGGACAUCCUAUAAUCCUCCCCAAAUCUAAGCAACGAAUUCGGUCAUCAGGAACCUAUCCCGCGCUACCAUUAUCCUGCCCCAACCCAGCCCCAACAUCGAUCCCCUUCUUCUCUACUACUGCUUCUCGUCCCGAUGUUUUCCACGCCUCGCACUUUACUAGGCUUCACACUCUCCCAAAGACCCUUCCGACAGAGUUAUCACCUCUGCAACCGUCGGAUCUCGACAUCUACGCAGAAAAUUCCUACUUUUGGUCACCCUCCAAUUCAACCUUCUACCCUUGGACUCUUCCCCCGUAUCUUGUCCCCCCGGGCUCCAUCUGCUCCCCCUUACCUGCUCUUGAAUCCUUCGAUCUCAUAUUUCCGCAACCCAAAGCACAGCUCUCAUCCGCUUCCGGCUCUAGCGAUAUUUUCGGCGCAGCUACUGCUGGUAUGGUGAAACGAGUACAGGGCGGUAUCAGUAUUUCCGGCAGCAUGCGUGGGGUCCGUAUGGGAAUGACAAACGAACAUGGGGUCCUCCGCAUAACCAAUAUUGGAGGGACCUCCUUGGGCAAAAGCGAGAUUGUCUUUUUGGAAGACAAUGUGAUCGAUAAGAGCGGCGCAACGAUGGACCCCAACUUUCAGAUUGUGCUCGAUCACGAAUACGUAGACUUGAUCAUACAGUAUGCAGACGACAUUCGUGCUGCUAAACGCGAGGAGGAGCUGAAGCAAGUGCCAAUUAUUCCGGAGACAAAAACGGCUCUUGGAGAAUUGCUUAGCAGACUGGGGUUUACUAGUCUCGAGACACAACUUAACGAUCUGCUCAGCCUAUACAACGACGGCGACGGCGGCGACGACGAAGCUGCCCCAACAAGCACUAGCUCUCCACGAUUACACGCUUUCGCCGGGAUCAUUCCUACGGGUAUAGGCGCGGCGGGCAUUCCAACCACAACACCAGUAUUCGCAGACAUCCAUAUCCUCAAAUAUCCCGCUUGCGCACCCAUCCAAUCCAACAGCAUCCCGAAAACCGCCCAAGUUCUCAUUGUUCCCCGGGGUGCCUGCGCCUUCUCCCAGAAGCUCCAGCAUAUACCGAGUUUCAUCCGUCUUGUGAUAUUCUUGGAUAAAAGUACCUCGACACCACAAGACCUUGUUCGGCCGUUGCUGGAUAAAGAAAAUGAAUAUGGUAUUAUGGCGGUUAUGGUGGCUGGCGGUGGGAAGGAGUGGGAGAGGGAGGUGGGGAGUCUGACAUUGAGGAGGAGGUGGAGUGUUUGGGUCAAGGACACCAGGGUGGGUAAUAUUGUGGUUUUGUAGAAUAGGAAUUGGUGUCUGGAGUUUUUGCAUUGCUUUACUCAUUAUUCUACGGUCAAAGGGGGUAUGUAGGUAUUUAUGAGGGCGGGAUCGCGUUGUUUGGUGGGAUGAUACCGUGAUGGUUAGUCUGUAUGUCAGUGGGGCAGUUCAUGUACUGUAUGAGAGUCUCACGCUUGGUUUAUCGGGUUGACAUUAAUGAUCCUGUUAGGAUUUGUCCUAGCCUAUUAGAAUUAGUGUUUAUAUUGAGCCGCUCAUAUUGG